UUCUGGAGGCUGGUUCUCUAAAUCGCGUUGGGUGAGGGACACGGAUAUUCGGGAAACAGGUCGCGGCUACUCUGCUGGAGCUUGGGGAACGCGACGAUCCUAGUGGACCCGGUCACCCCCGUCUUCCCGCCAUGGAGACCUCAGCGCUCAAGCAGCAACAACAGCCCUCGGCGGCCAAGAGCAGGAACCUGCCCUGGGUUGAAAAAUACCGGCCACAGACACUAAAUGAUCUCAUUUCUCAUCAGGACAUUUUGAGUACCAUUCAGAAGUUUAUCAGUGAGGACCGACUGCCGCACCUGCUUCUCUACGGUCCUCCCGGAACAGGGAAGACGUCCACCAUCCUGGCCUGUGCUAAACAGCUCUACAAAGAUAAAGAAUUUGGCUCCAUGGUCUUGGAGCUGAAUGCUUCAGAUGACCGAGGAAUAGAUAUCGUUCGAGGACCAAUCCUGAGCUUUGCUAGCACAAGGACAAUAUUUAAGAAAGGCUUUAAACUCGUGAUCUUGGAUGAAGCUGAUGCCAUGACUCAGGACGCCCAGAAUGCCUUGAGGAGAGUGAUUGAGAAAUUUACUGAAAAUACCAGAUUCUGCCUCAUCUGUAACUAUCUGUCAAAGAUCAUCCCCGCCUUGCAGUCACGGUGUACGAGGUUCCGAUUUGGUCCCCUGACUCCUGAAUUGAUGGUCCCACGCUUGGAACACGUUGUGGAAGAAGAGAAAGUUGAUAUAAGUGAAGAUGGAAUGAAAGCACUCGUAACUCUUUCCAGUGGAGAUAUGAGAAGGGCUCUGAACAUUUUGCAGAGCACCAACAUGGCCUUUGGGAAGGUGACAGAGGAGACUGUCUACACCUGCACGGGGCACCCACUUAAGUCUGACAUCGCCAACAUCCUGGAGUGGAUGCUGAAUCAAGACUUCACCACAGCCUACAGGAAUAUUAUGGAGUUGAAAACGCUGAAGGGGCUGGCGCUGCAUGACAUCCUGACAGAGAUACACUUGUUUGUGCACAGAGUUGACUUUCCAUCUUCAGUUCGAAUACAUUUAUUGAUCAAAAUGGCAGACAUCGAGUACAGACUUUCUCUUGGCACCAAUGAGAAGAUUCAGCUCAGUUCCCUUAUUGCUGCUUUUCAAGUCACGAGAGACUUGAUUGUCGCACAGGCCUAGAUGCAAGGGCCCGUCCACUACAAUUUCCAGCGUCCAGCAGCGAUCAGAGACCAGAAGACUCAGUUAUGGGACAAACUGCUGCCCUAAGCCAGUGCGAUAAAGCCACAGUCACCCCAAGUCUUGGAAAAUUCUAUUCCAGGCCUGCGUGGGCAGAUAAUGUAAAGUACUGCGUUUGUGGCAGUUUGGAGCAGGGAUGUACAAAAGUUUUAAUGUACAACUGUCUUACUCCACCACCCAUUUGUCUUUUACAGGAGGAAAUAAAACUUGCCAGCCUUAAGGCUUCCACCCA